UCGCGGAGAAGUUCAAUGUUACGCGUAGUAGCGACCAUGUCGAAUCUAAAACUAUACGUGGCGACUUUCACGGUGUGCUUGGCCCAGUUCAACGCGGGUAUGUUUCUUGCAUGGCCGCCCCCGAUGAUACUGCAACCACAGGCUGAUGAUUCCUCCUUCAAGAUCACCGUGGAUCAAUUUCCUUGGGCGGCGUCGUUGUUAAAAUUAGGAACGGCCUUCGGAUGUCUCCUCUCGAUGUUCAUCGUUGAUCUCGUUGGCAGAAAAAUCUCAAUUCUAUUCACCUACGUUCCUACCUUUCUAUGUUGGUUACUGGUAGCAUGGAAACCUUCAGCUUCGAAUCUGUGUCUGGCUCGAUUCAUGGCCGGUGCCAGCAGCGGAAUCAUUUUCACCAGCGGCACGAUGUAUGUGACAGAGAUCUCGCGUCCACAGAUUCGUGGUAUUCUCUGCGGUUGCUUCAUAUUAAUGGAUUACUGUGGUAAUCUUACGGGAUACGCAGUUGCCUCGUUCGGCACUAUGCACGUAUUCCCUUACGUGGCGAUGUCAUUAGCCACGGUGCAAUUCACGAUGUUCAUCUGGUUCCCCGAAUCUCCUUACUACUUGCUACAAAGGAAGAGAUUCGAGGCUGCUAUGGAUUCUCUGAUAUUUUUACGCAAUUCGCCAGACGUCUCCGAGGAGAUGGACUCGAUCGUGAGAUCAGUCGAAUGUGAUCCUCGUAACAACGGGGUGCUGUCGUCUGUCCUUCAUCUAAUCUCUCAGUCGGGAGGAAAAAGCUUAAUUCUCUUUGGCCUGUGCAUAAUGACCGUACAAGCAUUCUCAAGCUCGAUCGUUCUCAUCGGCUAUGCUCAGACGAUUUUCGAGAAGACCGACGUCCAAAUGCAAGGAUCUCAGAUGAGCAUCGUUUUAGCGAUGCUGCAUCUCACCUCUUAUCUCGUGUGCAUAAGUCUGGUUGACUCUCUAGGAAGGAGAUCUCUGAUGAUAGUGUCCACUGUAGGCGUUGCUUACUGCAGCUUCCUCUUGGGCGUUUACUUCUGUAUGGAAGAAAACACGGUAUACAUGACGAAUUUGCAGUUAUUACCAUUCGUCGUGAUAUUAUUCUACGCGGUGAGCGUAUCUCUAGGAUUAACCUAUGUGCCUUUCGUUAUUGUGAACGAAAUCUUCCCGAUGUAUUCUAGAGCAACGUGCGUCAGCUUCUGCUUCUGCAUAAAUUUCACGUGGUCCUUUAUCAUUCUCUGUAUUUGGAGCGCUGUUACGUUUCAGCACAAUAUGUACAUUGUAUUCUGGUUUAUCUCUAGCUUGAACGCGUUCAGUAUCCUUCUCUUGGUGUUUUAUCUCCCGGAAACGAAAAGGAAAUCGUUUUUACAGAUACAGAACAGUAUUAUUGGCAAGAUAAUAAAGUAA